UUACUCAUCGUAAUUGGACUUUGCAUUAUCGAUCGACAAAAGAUAAGCCCUCGGAUAAGCCAUUCAAUACCCGUUCGUCUUCUGACUUUCACGUAACGUAACGUAAAAAUUAGAUAUUUAUUUAUCAUUGUCGAUUGCACGCGAACACAAUAUUAAUCUCGGGGAUGUCAAAAAUCCGGUCCCUCUCUACGCCACGAGCGUGACGCAGUUUUCAUUUGUAUAUGGCUGAUUAGUGAUUACCACCAAGUGCUGACUGCUGAGUGAUAUUUUUGUUGAAAAAGGAUUGUGUUUUGUAAAUUUGGUUCAACAUAUGUGCUUCAUCUGUUUGGAUUAUUUUAUCGAAGUGGGCCUAUCAUAAUAAAGGUCUUCUUGACGGAUUCACGGAAGACACAACAGGAUGUAGCAGAUAAUACUAGUGAUUUUUUUUUCUCCGCUGUAAACGUGUAAAAAUUUGCAAUGGAUAGCUAUAAGCUUCUCACUUCCAUAAUCUUCUUCUUGUGGACCAUAUGCAUAAUCUCCGCCCAGAAUUUCCAAUGUAACUCUUCGGACACGUGCCAUUGCACAACUGUCCAAACCCACUAUGAAUACCUGUGCCCACCGGAGGAAGUGGACGUAGUACUGAAAGUGGAACCGCAAUAUUUGGUAGACGUGCAGUGCAUAACGGACAAAUCAAAUUGGAUCGAUCCAAAACUUCCUCAAUUAAAUCUUGGUUACGUCGAAGCCUUCAAAUUUAGAAACUGCCCCAUUCCUGACAGCGUGUCAACUUUUAUGGACAAUCUUGGAGUUUACAAAGUGAAGUCAUUAAAGGCAGAUUAUAUGAAAUACUUUAAACAUUUCAAGGCAAGCUUUCUUUCGGGAUUAUCGUAUUUAGAAUCCUUAACUUUAAGUAAUAAUGAAAUCGAAAUCAUCGACGAUGAUGUGUUUAUGGGCUCAAGUAAUUUAACGGAAAUCGAUCUCGGUUCCAACUCAAUCCGUUUAACACCAAACUUGUUUAAGUAUACGGAAAAAUUAACUCUCAUAGACCUGUCGAUGAAUAAUUUAGAUUCUAUUCCCGAUACGUUAUUUCAUAACUUAAACAACUUGCGGGUAUUAUUUUUAUGGGGGAGUAAUUUCACUACCAUCAAUGGCAGCAUAUUUCGUGAUCUUACCAGCUUGAGAACUCUAGAAUUAAGCCAUUGUCACAUACAGCAUCUUCCCUAUGACGCUUUUUACUCAUUAAAAAAUUUAACGGCCAUUAAUCUGGGCAUGAACGAAUUCGAAACGCUUCCCGCAAACACAUUUGCAAAGAGUACUCUUCUUGAGACGAUUAAAAUGGAAAAUAAUCCGCAUCUGCAAUCUCUACCAGAUUACUUAUUUGUAAAUCUAAAACUUUUAAAAACAGUCGGACUCAAGCGAUGUAAGUUAAAUUUCCUACCAGAAAAUCUAUUCGCCGAAUGCACAAGUUUACAAAAUGUGUCUUUAGGGCAUAACGAAUUGAAAACGAUACCCGAAAAUAUUUUUAAAGAUUUAUCGAAACUUGAGAACUUAGAUUUGAGUGACAACGAUAUUCAAAAUCUACCAGAAAAGGUUUUCCAUUCUUUGGAAAAUUUAAAAAGAUUAAAUCUUGCCAAUAACAAACUAACUACGAUUGUCUCAAAGCUCUUCUUUGGUCUGCUCAGUUUAGAAAUCAUUAAUUUAAGUAAUAAUCAAUUAGUUUCAAUUCAGAGAUAUUCAUUUCAACGAUUAACUAUAUUAAAAGAAAUCGAUUUGUCGCAUAAUUACUUGGUUCUAAAAGAGAAUUUCACUACUGUAUCCCCAUUUAAUGAUAAUUUGCAAUUGGAAAAAGUGGAUCUCAGUCACAAUAACAUAACACGCAUAAGUGACGAUUGGAUAAUCUCAAAGAUCCAUCUGCGGGAAAUAGACUUCAGCCAUAAUCAAAUUGAUAACAUAAAUUUCCGUUAUUUGAUAACUGUGUCUCCAAGGUUACAAAUAGACCUGUCCAAGAACAGGAUUAAAGUUGUGAAUUUCACAUACUCAGAAAAAUUGGCUCGCAGUCAAGGAAACCUUAAUUCAUAUCCGGCAGAUGCGCCCAACACUGAAGUACUUCUAGGUGAAAAUCCAGUUAUUUGCGAUUGUCAUAUUUUCGACUUUGUGAGGUAUUUACGGCGCGACAUCGAUCCCAUGGUACCUUCUUUGGUAACUGUUAAAGCGGACAGUUUAACAUGCCAGUCGCCCGAUUAUUUAAAAGGAAUUCUUGUCAAGGACUUAGAGUUGAAGAUGCUGACUUGUGAACUUCAACAGCUCGAGAACAGAAAAUGUCCACAAAAUUGCUCCUGCAUUGUACGUCCAUGGGAUAAAGCCUUAAUUAUCAACUGUAUCAAUGCAAGUUUAACCCACGUUCCCGAAUUAAGUUCUGAAACAAGUUCUAUAUUUAAUCAUACCGAGAUCUAUUUGGCAAAUAAUAACAUAACUUCUGGUCCGACAGUCUACAUGGGUUAUGAGAACAUUACAGUGUUGGAUCUAUCCUCAAACAGUAUCGAUGGGUUCCAAUGGGUUCCUCCUAAGCUUGAGAGCUUAAUUUUGGAAAACAAUAAUCUUAGUUUUCUGAAUUUUGAAGUGUUGGAUAUGCUGAAUAGGUCCAUGUUAAAACACAUCUACUUGGGUAGAAAUCCAUGGGAUUGUAACUGUGAGACGGCGAAUUUCAGUCAAUUUUUAUUAACACAUUUACCACAGCAGCAGAUUGAUGUGAAGAAUAUCAAAUGUAAGCAGUCAAGGGAACUGCUAGUUCAGUUAGAUUUCAAAGAAUUAUGUCCGAAUUAUCGCCUGUUGGCAGUGAGCGUCAGUGUAAGCGUAGCAUUAAUGGCACUUCUGGUCGCCGUACUGACAAUCGUGUACUAUCGCUAUGAGCUCGAAAUUAAAGUAUGGCUAUACGCCCACAACAUAUUAUUAUGGUGGAUUACGGAGGAAGAAAUUGACAAAGAUAUGCAGUAUGAUGCCUUCAUCAGUUAUUCGCACCAAGAUGAAAAUUUUGUGACCAACGAUUUAGUGCCCAAUUUAGAAAAAGGUCCGCAACGCUACGACCUGUGUAUACAUAUACGAGAUUGGAUAGCGGGAGAAUUUAUACCCACCCAAAUUGUAAAUUCAGUGGAGAAAUCUCGAAGAACUAUUGUUAUCCUAUCUCCUAGCUUUUUAAGUAGUUGUUGGGGUAAAAUGGAAUUUUCUACUGCGCACGCUAAGUCGGUAAAAGACGGUCGCCGUCGCGUCAUUGUUAUAGUGUACGGUGAUGUAGAUUUGGAGAAAGAUUUAAAUGACGAAUUGAAAGCGUAUAUAAAAACGAACACGUAUGUAAAAUGGGGUGAUCCAUGGUUUUGGGAUAAACUGAGGUAUGCGUUACCUCAUUCAAAGAUUAAAAUGACUCGUAAAUCUCAAAAUAUAAUGAUUAAUAUGAACGAUAAAUUAGAUCUCUUAAAUAACAUACCGUCUACACCAAAUUCAGGUUCAACACCGCCUGCGUUGGAUAUGGAGCCACCUUUACUUCUAAAAGAUCACCCUUUAAAUUUUCGAAGUAACGAAAUCCUUACUCCUCCUGCAGAAGCUGGUCUUAAACCUUUAUUGAUGACGUCCACAAAAUAAAUUUUGCAAUGUGAUAUUCAUUGUUAUUGUUUGUUACUGGCAAUAAUAAUUAAACCUGCUCAGUUUGUUAAAAGACUGAUGUUUGUUGUACUCAUAGUUUACAUAUUUCGUUAUUAAUUUGUACAUCUUUUUGAAAGAUUUAUUAGAUACGAAUAUUUUUAUGUAUUUUAUUGUUACGAUUAAGUUUUAUUUUUAAAGUGUAUAAAAGUGUUGUGAGAGGAUAUUGUACAAAAACUGUUAGUUUAGUAUUGUAUAUCUUAUUGAUGGAACAUUGAUAAUAGAUUUUAAUUUCGGAGUACUGUAUACCUCAUUAUAAACAUUCUCGAGUGUAACGGGAAAGGGUUGCUAUGUUUACUGUUGAAAAAAUAAAUACAGUGUAUUGAUGAAUUCAAGAAAACAAACUACGUCCAGAGUUGUACACAAAUAUAUAUGUAUAUAUAUAUAGAUAUUUUUCACUAUAGUCUUUGUGUCA